UUUCUCUAGCUUUUGGAAGUGGAAAUUUAGGUCACUGGUUUUCACUGUCUCCUCUUUCUAGCCCACACAUGAAGUUAUAAAUUUCCCUCUGAGCACUGCUCUGCUGCAAUCAUGUUUUCAUGUAAUUUUUCAUUACAAAAUAAUGUCGACCCCACAGAAAUGCACAAGAGCAUCUCAGAGGACUUCUGCUGCUCUUGUCAGGCUCUCCAGCCAUUGACCUUCUGCAUCUUCAUCCAUCACCCCUCCCUGUCUCUGAGUGACUAUUUUUCUGCCCUUUGUGAGCCGGUUCACUUUCCUCCCCACAGUGAGGAUUGGCAGGAAGUGGGCAGACAGCCCUGGAACUACUCCUCUGCCUCUGGCUUUGUCCUGACCAGCCUUUUUAACAACAGUCAGAUGCACCUGUUCCUCUUCGGCAUGGUAGUGUUGAUCUACCUCCUCGCCAUGGCCGGCAACACCUCCAUGGUCCUCCUGAUCUGGGCCGAUGCCCGGCUCCACACACCCAUGUACUUCCUUCUCAGCCAGCUGUCCUUCCUGGACAUCUUCUUUACUUCAGUCACUGUCCCCAAGAUGAUAGUGGGCUUCCUCUUUGGUUGGACGAGCAUCUCGUUUGAGGGCUGUGGGGCACAAAUGUUUUUCUUCAUGUUCCUGGGAGCUGCGGAGUGCCUCCUGCUGGCCCUCAUGGCCUAUGACCGCUAUGUGGCCAUUUGCAACCCUCUGCGCUACCCAGUGCUCAUGAACCGCCAGGUCUGUCUGCUCAUGGUUGUGGCCUCCUGGCUUGGAGGGUCCCUCAAUGCCUCUAUCCAGACCUCUAUGACCCUGCAAUUUCCCUACUGCGGCUCACGGAAAAUUGCCCACUUCUUUUGUGAAGUGCCCUCACUGCUGAUGUUGGCCUGUGCAGACACCGAGGCUUACAAGCAGGUGCUCUUCGUGACCGGGGUGGUAGUGCUCCUGGUGCCCAUUACAUUCAUCACCAUCUCCUAUGCCCUCAUCCUGGCAGCUGUGCUCCGAAUGCACUCUAUAGAGGGGCGUCAGAAGGCCCUGGCCACCUGCUCCUCCCACUUAACAGUUGUCAACCUCUUCUAUGGGCCCCUUGUCUACACCUACAUGCUGCCUGCACGCUACCACUCACCUGGCCAGGAUGAUGUAGUGUCUGUCUUCUAUACUGUUCUCACGCCCAUGCUCAACCCUGUCAUCUACAGCCUCAGGAACAAGGAAGUGAUGGGGGCAAUGAAGAAAGUGCUAGCAAAGGGCAGGGUUAGAACCAGGGAACAGGGAGGGCUGCCACUGUGCUGCAGCAUACCAGCGGCCAUUUGCUAGGUCAGUAUCCCACAGGUGCAACAGUGCAAGCCCUGACUUCUCUACUUUCAAACCAGCUCCCUACUAACGCACCUGGGGAGGCCCCUGCCCCCAUGCAGGAGACCCCAUGGAGCUUCAAGCCCUGGCUUUGACCAUGAACCAGUGGA